GUUCAUGUUCACCUCCUUCGGUCCAAGGUUUCACAGCUUCCUGCUGUUCACUUCUUCAGAACUGAAUUUAAAAGAUCUGUGGCUCUUUGUGUUUACCAGGACUUAAAAAGGGAAGAACUCAGAAUCUGUCUCCAGGCUGUUAGUUUUCUAGAGAGUUUCUAUUGAGAAUGCCACCAACAGCAGGCCACAGAAACUCCCUAGAGGAGCUUGGAAGCAGGACCAAGUUGGACCGGGCGAGGAGGCAGUGGAGCAGGGCCUGAUAAGUGAGGCUGACUUCUGCUAUCACCUCAGCAUCCAAGAGGAGGCCAGUUGAAGAUAUGCACUUAUUUGGCCACUGUCCAGCACAUGAUGACUUCUAUCUUGUAGUAUGCAAUUUCUGCAAUCAGGUAGUCAAGCCCCAGGUUUUCCAGUCUCACUGCGUUCUGGCACGGCAGGUGACCCAGGCUCCUGACGCAGAAAGAAUAGUUCAUUUCCUCUCUUCUCUGGAGCAAGCUUCACUGAAAGAAAGAAGACACAGUUCCAUGUGUAAACCUUCUCCCUCUCCAGCAUCACCACCCUCCAAUUCCAGGACAUCACUGUUACAAGUGAAAGCAAAAUCCUGUAUCAGCGGCCAUAACCCUGUCAGCAGCAACGCAAAGCCAUUCAAAACGCCCAAAGACAAUCUACUUACCUCCAGUAGCAAACAGCACACAGUCUUUUCUUCGAAAGCAUCAAGGGAUAAACCAUGUGUUCCUGUUCCUAUAGUCAGUUUAGAGAAAAUUCCUAACCUAGUGAAGGCAGACGGUGCCAAUGUCAAAAUGAACUCAGCAACCACUACUCCUGUGACCUCUGCCACCUCUUCCUCUGCCGUGCCUACCCCACCUUUAGUUAAACCGGUGUUGAUGUCCAAGCCGGUGCCACCAUCACCAGAGAAGAUAUUGAAUGGCAAAGGAAUCGUAUCUCCCUCAGUAGACAAGAAACACCAAAAUGGCACCAAAAGCAACAAGCCUUACAAGAGACUUUCAGAGAGAGAAUUUGACCCAAAUAAACACUGUGGAGUAUUGGAUCCUGAGACAAAGAAACCUUGCACAAGAUCACUCACCUGCAAGACACAUUCACUUAAUCAUCGAAGGGCAGUCCCAGGCCGGAAAAAGCAAUUUGACAUCCUUCUGGCUGAACACAAAGCUCGGUCCAGGGAAAAAGAAGUCUCUAAAGACAAAGAGCAUCUCCCAUCAUCAACAAGGGAAACACAUCAGAACCAGCCUAUACCAGCACAAGACUCUCUUUUGGGAUCUUCAAUGAACUCUGGGCCAGAACUGAAAGUAGCAUCUCCUGCAAAAUCCAGACCACCUAACUCUGUACUUCCUAGACCAUCAUCUGCAAAUAGCAUAAACAGUACCACAUCUUCAAAUCACAGUGGGUAUGCCCCAGAACUGCCACUGCCCUCAAUUGGAGGAGAUCUAGCCAGCCGGUUAUCCAGUGAUGAAGGGGAAAUGGAUGGAACAGAAGAGACAGAGAAGUUAGACUGCCACUAUUCUUCACAUCAUCCUCGACCCCUUGGGUUUUGUUCGUUUGGGAGUCGCCUCAUGGGACGAGGAUACUACGUGUUUGAUCGGAGAUGGGAUCGCUUUCGAUUCGCACUAAACUCUAUGGUAGAAAAACACUUGAAUUCACAAAUGUGGAAGAAGAUUCCUCCUGCAGCAGAUAGUCCCAUGCCCUCGCCAGCAACGCACAUCACCACCCCUGUUCCAGCAUCUGUUUUACAGCCUUUCAGCAACCCUAAUGCCGUGUAUCUUCCUUCGGCACCCAUCAGCUCAAGAAUCACUUCUUCUUACAUAAUGACAUCAGCCAUGCUCUCAAAUGCAGGCUUUGUGACAGCGUCGGACACGGGUUCCAUCAUGUCACACACCACAGCUUUCCCCCAUGUGGCUGCGACGCUAAGCAUCCUGGAUCCAACUUUUAAGGCUCCAUCUGCUAUGUCCCCAGUGCCAGCUGUCAUCCCUUCCCCAUCCCACAAGCCAUCCAAAACAAAAACCAGCAAAUCCUCAAAGGUCAAAGACCUGUCUGCCCGUAGUGAUGAGUCUUCGAGUAACAAAAAGAGAAAGCCACAGUCUUCUUCCUCUUCCUCCUCAUUAACCUUGCAGACAUCUCCCUCGUCUUCAUUUUCAGGGCCCCACAAAAAGAACUGUGUCUUGAACCCAAGUUCAACAUUGAACUCCUAUCAGGCGACAUCUUCCUAUAACAGUCUGUCUGUGCACAAUACAAACAAUGGAACAAAUCCACUCAGUGCCAAAAUGGAGCCCUCAGGACGGACUUCACUGUCAAGUAGCUCCACAGACUCCGUAAAACACAUGAGCACAGUAGUCAGCAGUAUUGACUCCUGUAACCUGUCGGUGCCCUCCUUGGUGCACCAUGCAGGGGAUCUGUCCCUGGCCGCACACAAUGCAGUGUCUUCUCUGCCCCUUUCUUUUGACAAAUCAGAAGGGAAAAAGCGUAAGAACUCUAGUUCUAGUAACAAAGCCUGUAAAAUCACUAAAAUGCCUGGUAUGAAUAGCGUUCACAAAAAGAGCCCGUCCAGCCUUAUCUCACCGGUGCCAGAUCCUGCUAACAGCUCCAUCGCUCGGCAGGUUGGAAAAAAUAGCAGUGUAGCUUUGUCACAAUGCAGCCCUUCAAGCACACCCAACCUGGCACACAACCGACAGAAGACUGCAAACCGAACGGGCAGAAUAAGGACCCUUCCAUAACGAGAAAAGAAAGCAACCUUUGAUGUCCAAUUCCCAGCCACCCUAUCCCACCACAGGUGUUAGGGGGUUGGGAGGGAUGGGGCAGGAAGUGAUGGGAGGACAAGUGACAUCCUAUGUCUUCUAGGUGUCUCAGCCCCACCUUUUAAAAAUCAAUUUAAGGUCUAAGAAAGAGGUGAAAGAAGACAAAGUGAAAUUUAUAUUUGCCGAAAGCUGGAAUCGUGGUUUUAGUUGUUUUUGUUGAUUUUCCUUCACUCCUUCUCUAGCUUCUGAUGUUGCGCUGCACCAUCAGUUUGUUAAAAUGAUUCAGAGUAGACAUUCCAGAACCUCGGUUCCUGAUUGGCAUCUUCCUUAACUCUUGAAGCUCUCACACAUACACUACUUCCUUUUUCUGUUUUUGUUUGUGUUUUCCUCCUCGUUCCCCUACACCUCCCAUUGCUCUGUGUCCAACCUUGUCACAUUGGAGGGAGCUGGGUCUCAGCAUGCUCCUAUAACAUAGCAAAUGAUGGGGGACACUCUGUUUGUGAGGGGGUCUGGGCCUCAGACCCAGCGCACAGGGAGCAGGUAGGAAUGAGAGGAUGUGUGAAGCUCUCAUUAAUCAGGGUUUAAGCUGCCCGCUGGGGCAUGAGCCAAAUGCUGAGGGCAAAACUAGGUAUUUCAAUAUCAGCCACACCAAUGUUUCAGGAGAGUUGCGACCAACGUGGUGAUUUGCCCAACAUCAUUAUCUAGGUGUGAGGUUGGGAAAGAAUAGCUUUGGAAGGUGUAACCAAGGGUUUCUCUCGGAGUAGAAGGAGAAGGGAGUUAAGUAUUGAGGGAGGUUGGGGACAAAUGAUCUGAGACAGCAAAGCAGGUAUCAUUAAGGGGAUGACACAUCACAUCCCACAUUCCUACAAAUUGAGGAAUAGGCACAUGUAGGGGAAAACUCUCCAAGAUGCCUGAGCCACAGCUUGCCCCUACCAAGUAGACUAUGAUAAUUCUGAAAUUUUUUAGGAGCCCAUCUCUUCCUCUUUCUUCCACUCUGGAAAAGGCCAUACUUAGUGUCUGAUAUGCAAGAACCCAAAGUUAUAGGAACCAAAAGUGAAAGGAACCCAAUUGGGAGAGACAGGGAAGCAACUUCAGGAAGGGCCAGGGCUCCUGCAUGCUGCUAAAGUUUUCAUGAGUUUUCCACUGUAUCCCUCACCUGCAUCAGGUGAAAAAAAGAAAAAAAACUAACCACAAGGAGGAAAAAGGAGUCUCCCUAGUGAAGGCACCUGAGAAGAAGGGGUCAGUACCACUUCAGCACCCUGUAUGGACAAACACAAGCGUUUCCUAGCCAACUCUCAUUCUGGCAUAUAUCUGUGAACCCAUAGGCCACAGGGGAGACCGUAGGAGGCAUCACAAAACUACCAAAUAUGCCCAUCUUGCUUACCCCCAAGUGUCCAGACAUUGCUUGGUACUCUUCCAAAGCUCAAUGCUCACCAGCCUUAACGUGGCCAGGCUAUUCCUGUGCCCCCGGGGGCAAUGUAAUAAUAGCAUCCCACUGUGUAGGAAGAGAGCCAUCACAUUAGAGGAGUGGAAAGGUUAAGCUCAUGAGAAUUUGCUGGCUGGAAUUAUAGAGGGUAGUCGGGAGAUGUAAAGUCCAGUGGAAUAGGAAGUGACCGUGGGGGCCAAGGGGCCAUCACAGCGCCAGGAAGAAAUUCCGAGUCUUGAGUUAGGAUUUCUUGGUAUUGAUAAUAAAUUUAGUUAAUAAAAUGUUUACUCAUUUCUUUAAUAUUAGACUAAUUUGGGGGGUUAAGGAGUAGAAAUGCUGUGAAGUCUUUGUUACCAAAUUAGACAUUAAUAACAGCCGCAGCUGGGCACAAACAUGUCCCCUGAAUUCUUCCUUUACCUUCCCAUCCCCCCCACCCAAUGAUACUACUACUGUUGGGCUUUAUCACACAACUGGAAUUUGCAAAGAUAAGAGGCAAACCAUCUAGUUUGCAUCAAUGGAAUUGCACUGACAGUGUUUCUUAUAGGAUUACUAAAUUUUUUAUAUAUAAAAUAAAGAUUUUUUUAAUCAGGAGUUGAUAAUAGGUACCAGGACAUUAGUACAGAGGAUUUCAUUUUUAUUUCUACAGUGUUAAAAGUGCACUUAUAUGCUGGUUUAAUUAUGUCUUUGAGAAAAAGAGAAGAGACUGCAAAUAGAAGGGAGAUUGUUACUUUUUUCUUUUUUUAAAAAAAAGGCUUAAGACAGAUUUUAAGACUUAUAAAUGUUUAAGGAAUUAUAAUAAACAAGGCUAGACCCUUUGAGAAAAAAGUUUAGAAAAUAUUCUUAAAGUAAGUUUUUAUAGUGUUAAUUUUGUAAUAAUUUAUGUUUUACUAUAUUACAGAGCUAACUGACCAGAAUAGUUUCAGAAACAAUAUGAAACUUAGGAAAGUUUAAGCAAUGUUUAUAUUUUUAAAAUGUUCUUUGAAUUAUGUUUUUAUUGUACAUUUCUUCAGACUGAAAAGUGUGUACAUAUCUUUGUUAUUUUUGCACAAUUUUUUUUGUCUUAUUCAGUUUUAGGAGCAGGAAGUCUGUUUUGUUUUUUUUUAUAAUUUAUUUUAAGUUGUAAAACUUGCAGGAGUUUUUGUUUGUGUUUUUUUUUAAAUCUCAACAACAAAAUAACCCUCUGUGAUUAAUGGACUGUUGCUACUUCUGGAGGGAAAGCAAAGGUUGUGAGAUUCAGUGGCUGCUUCUGAGAAAGAAAGUCUUGACAGUGACUAAAGGAGCAAUUAAUUACCAGUAGUUUGACCGCCUUUUUAGCUCUUUCCACGCAUCUUUUCAUUGGGAAGCUGGAAUGUUGAGAUUCUCCAUCAAAAGCUGCUUACAUUCCUCAACUGGCUCUGUAACUAAGUGAUAGCAUUUCUGGAAAACGGAACAUCCUGAAAACCCGUGAUACUUCUUCCUUCACAACAAAUCAGUGGUUUACUUCCUAAUACGUUAAGAUGCUCAGCCUGAAAAAAGAAAUGGAAAGAAAACAUUUUCUUUUGGGUUCUUAAUGGAGUUAAACUGGACCAGUCGAUAAAGCAUUAUUAGUGUAGCAUCCAUUCAACCAUUAUUUUUCCACCAACACUCAUCGACUUUCUUCAGCCUGUCCUGUCACUGCGCACCCCAGUCACCUCCAUCUCCAUUUGCCUGAAGAUCUUGUGAUUUGUCUCCAGCAAUAGAGGCUCCGAAGCUUUGGUUGUUCCACAUACGCAAUGCAUAGACCUGUCAGCCAUAAAAAAAAAAAUUUUUGAAAAAAAAGCGACUUGGAUAACUUGUAUGCCUUCUUUUGUAUCAAUGUACCAAUUGUAAAUAAUGCUGAUCAACCUUUGUAGAGAAUAGUUUAUACAGCAUAUUCUAUUAUUGCUGAUUCUCAGUGAACUAUUGUUUUAAAAAAAGGAAAAAAAAGAAAUUUUUCUAUUUACACCUUAUAUUUUGUUAUGCUGUCGACCCAUGGCACUUUAACAAAACUCUGUGGGUUUUGCAUAGCUGGUCAGUCAUGGGGUAUAUUAAAUACUGUUGUUGCACAGAAAAGAAUUUGCACCUGCUCUAUUGUGCUUUCCUACUACAGAUUUUAGAACCUUUUCCAGAAGACUUUUGAAGAAAGCAUGUCCAAUCAUUCUAAAAGAAAAAUUAUAUGCCAUACUUAUAGAGUGGAUUUCUUUUCUACGAUCCAUAUUUUGUAACACUAAGCAUUUCCAUUCUUUGUCCUGCACCUUUAUGUAUUAGCACUAUCGGAUAGAAUUCAUUCCAUGCUUGUGAUAAUUGUAAGCAGAAUAAAUGUCUAAAGUAGGUGUAAAUAGUAACUUCUAUGGCUUACAGUUUAAAAAAAAAAAAG